AUGAUCUUAGAAAAUGCUGUGGGGAAAUCGGCUGCUGCUUGUUCGUCAGCUGAUGCACUUUCACCUUGCUUCUUAACAGUUAUAACUUCUUCGUUCUUUAAAUCUCAUAAACCAGCCCUGACUCGCUUUAAACUCUACAUCUUUCUCACCUCGUUUCUAUCUAUCUAUCUAUCUUGUCUAUCUCUAUCUAUCUGUUCUAUAUAUCUAUUUAUUAUCUAUUAUUUUAUCUAUCUGUCUAUCUAUCUAUCUAUCUUUCUAUUUUUUUUUCUGUUUAAUCUAUAUCUCUAUCUAUCAUUAUCUAUCUAUUUAUAUCUAUCUAUAUAUUUUUUUAUUUCAUUAAUCUAUCCAUAUCUAUCUAACUAUCUAUCUAUCUUUUCUAUCUAUCUAUCUAUCUAUCUAUCUAUCUAUCUAUCUAUCUAUCUAUUUAUCUAUCUAUCUAUCUAUCUACUAUCUAUCUAUCAUUCAUCUAUAUCUAUCUAUCUAUCUAUCAGGUAUAUCAAUCUAUUAAUCUAA